UCUAUCAGUCUGUAUAAUUCUCCUGUCGCUGUGUCUGUGUGUUUGAUGAGGUGUGGAGGAAAGAGGAGAUGUGGUCCUUUUUUGCCAGGGAUCCUGUCAAAGACUUUGCAUAUGAAAUUCUGCCAGACACCCAAGAAAAGUCUGGAAUAUGGACUCUACAUCGGGGGAAGCGAAAGACCAAUGGAGAGCCAGUGUCGGUGUUUGUGUACGAGGUAGCACAAGGAACAGAGCAGCAAACCCAGCUAGCCAAGGCUGCCUUCAAGCGUAUGAAGACCCUGCGCCACCCCAACAUCCUGGCUUAUGUCGAUGGAUUGGAGACAGAGAAGAGCCUGUACCUAGUUACUGAGCAGGUGACACCCCUGGCAGUCCACCUGAAAGCCCAGGCAGAGAAGGGUGGAGGCGGGGACCUGGAGGUCUCCUGGGGACUGCACCAGAUAGUGAAAGCUCUUAGUUUCCUGAUUAACGACUGCCACCUGCUCCAUAAUAACUUGGGUGUGUGGUCUGUUUUUGUGGAUCGAGCUGGGGAGUGGAAGCUCGGGGCCCUCGACCAUGUGGCCCCUGAGCAGGGCGACCCAAGCGGGGUUUCACUUCCUACCCCCAAAGCUGUUUACCCAGACAUGGAGAAAUAUGACCCACCAGAGAUGCCCAAUAGCGGUGGAGAGAAAUGGGCAGGGGAGGUGUGGCGGCUAGGCUGCCUCAUCUGGGAGGUGUUCAACGGGCCGCUACCUCGCACGUCGUCUCUUCGUUCACUGGGAAAGAUUCCAAAGGCCCUGGUCCCUCAUUACUGUGAGCUGGUGGGGGCUAACCCCAGAGCUCGGCCCAACCCGGCCCGCUUUCUCCAGAACUCCAGAGCAACUGGGGGGUUUCUCAGCAACAGCUUUGUGGAGAGCAACCUUUUCCUGGAGGAGAUACAGAUCAAGGAGCCAGCUGAGAAGCAGCAGUUCUUCCAGGACCUGAGUGACAAUCUGGACUCCUUCCCUGAAGACUUCUGUAAACACAAGGUCCUGCCUCAGCUGCUCACCGCCUUCGAGUUUGGCAAUGCAGGCGCUGUAGUCCUCACACCGCUCUUCAAGGUGGGAAAGUUCUUGUCAGCAGAAGAGUACCAACAGAAGAUCAUCCCUGUUAUCGUGAAGAUGUUUUCCUCCACAGACAGAGCCAUGAGGAUACGACUGCUGCAGCAGAUGGAGCAGUUCAUUCAGUAUCUGAAUGAGGCAGCAGUCAAUUCCCAGAUUUUCCCUCACGUUGUCCACGGCUUCACGGACACCAACCCUGCCAUCAGAGAACAGACUGUUAAGUCUAUGUUGCUGCUGGCUCCCAAGCUGAAUGAGACCAACCUGAACCAGGAGCUGAUGCGUCACUUUGCCCGGCUGCAGGCCAGAGACGAACAAGGCCCGAUCCGGUGCAACACCACCGUCUGCCUGGGAAAGAUCGCCUCCUACCUCAAUGCUGGGACUCGACAGCGUGUUCUGAUUUCUGCCUUUUCACGAGCCACUAAAGACCCCUUCCCAGCUUCACGCUCUGCUGGAGUUCUUGGCUUCGCCGCCACACACAACUACUACAGUGUAACAGAGAUUGCCGCCCGGAUCCUGCCCACCCUCUGUGCCAUUACAAUUGACACCGAUAAGAGCGUCAGGGACCAGGCAUUUAAAGCCAUCAAGAGUUUCCUUUCCAAGCUGGAGACUGUGUCAGAGGACCCCACCAAGUUGGCUGAUAUAGAAAAGGAUGUAGCGUCCUGUGCUCAGCCUGCAGGUGCCUCUUCCAGCUGGGCCGGCUGGGCCGUGACUGGCAUGUCCUCGCUAACGUCUAAGCUGAUCCGCAACGCUCCAGGGACAGAGGGGGGAGCAGCAGCUGAGGGCAGCGGGCCUGCCAACGACACCAACCCUACCAGUGCCACCGAUGAAGCACCUGCACCUGGUUCUGAAGAUAAAACUCAACAAGACUCUCUGACUCACCAUGCAGCCUCUCAUCGUGCCAACCAAUCACAGACUCUUGAAGUAACAGACAAUGAUGACGAGCCAAUAGGAGACCGCUGGGAUGAAGAGGAGGACUGGGGAAGUUUGGAGGAGCCAGAGAAAGCUCACACUGAGCCAGAUGACUGGAACACUGACUGGUCAGGAAUGGCAGCAUCUAAAAAGAAGGCCAGUGACAGAGGGGUGGGCCGGUCGUCAGCCUCCACAGCGGUGAAAAAGCAGAGCUCUGACUGGAGCAGCUCAGGCUGGGACGCCGACGACAGCUGGUCCAACGAGAAGGAAGGGCAGGGUCAGAGCUCUGCAGGCGAGGAAGGCUGGGGCAACGACUGGGGGGAGGAGGACACGGACACAACCUUGACCAACACGACGCUCUCCCUGCCCGAAGGGGUGCGGUUAGCCAGCGAUUACAACUGGGACACCAGCAACGCAGCCAAGGGGGCCAGUCAGAACGAUAUAUUCGCCAGCGUGUCCCAGAGAAACACAGCCAGCACUGCUGCCACCAUGGGUGGCGAAGGCUGGGGUGCAGAGGCAACAGGGGACUGGGGAGCUGAGGAGAGCUGGGAGUCAGUGGAUGGGAACCAGGGUCUCAGUAAGGCCGAGCUGUCCAAGAAGAAACGGGAGGAGAGGAGGAAAGAGCUGGAGGCGAAACGGGCGGAGCGCAAAGCUGCUAAAGGUCCUCUCAAACUGGGCGCACGCAAGCUGGACUGACCGGGGAUGCAAAGAAAGAUUUGAGGGCGGGAAUGGAGUGGGAGGAACAUGGACCAUGGUAACUGGACCCAGAGCAGUGGAUGGAGGCUUGACAUUCCACAAAGGACCACACAGAAGUGUUAGCUGCGGAGGAAAUACUGUCAGCAGUCGCUGUAAUAAAGGCGCCUUGUUUGGUUGAGCAGAGGGAAACAUUGUGGUUGGUCAGUAGAUGACUCUGCUUCUGACAGAUGGGCGAAAAAGCAACAAUCCAGCGCUUUAAAAAGGAAAUCCAGAAAGACAUGAAGCAGCACACAGCAGCACUCCUUGCUGCACAGUUGGUCACACAAAAUGUCCCCCCUGUUUUGUUUUUUUAACAUACAGCUCAUAACGUUUCAGCUGUAAAGUAAAUGUAUAUUAAUGGUGCAUCUUGUCUUAAAAUGACAUAAAGAAAUUACACUUUUUUUUUAAACGGAGAAAUUUAUGUAACAGAAUUCAAAUGUAUUAUUAUACUGAAUGUUUUUCAGUGCGCACACACACACAAACACACACAGUGGAUAUGAAUGUUUUAGUUCAGCUGUCACUAAAUUACAGUUUCAUGACUUAAAAUCGA